CGACAUCGAUAUUAUGACGUAUAAUUACAUAUAACGCAUCAUCCAAGAUUCCGUCCCGUUUGCCGCACACACCGCUGUGAUAAUCGCCGGUUGGGUUUGGUUAUUGGGCAUUUUUUUUUAAAUUUAGCAUGGCUCAAAGUGUGACGGUGUGCUGUGUGAUGGUGUUGUUGACCGCCGGGUGUCUGGUCAACGCGUCGCGGUAUCUGCCCACGAAAAGGUCAUGGAGUCCGGCGGGCAAUGAGGAGAUGAUGGCGGGCGCGUACCGUGUGGAGGAGCUGGGACGACGCGGUGUACCGGUGUCGUAUGUUAAUUAUCCGAUGAUCGGUGGCGAUAUGGAUCUGGUCAACAUGGACGACUACCCACCGACGGCCCUGACCGACAUCCCCACGGUGUACGCGGCACGCGGCCUCCCGUCGCGACUACAGCCGGUGUCGGCCGAUUAUCCGCCGCCGCGUCGCUUCAUUCUCCGAUGAAGGACAACAACACCGCGUCAAUCGUCAUUACCUACACCGGCAAAACAACAACAACACACUAUGUGUGACCUUUGCGAUUUCUCUGUAACGAUGCUGCGCAUUAAUCGAGUGAUUAUGUGUUUCAAACUGGGUUGUUAUUGAUCGGUAAUGGGAGAGAUGAAAGCGUUUAUCAGUGUUUGUAAUUACAUAGCGAUAGACAGUAGCGGGAAUAUUAUAUGUUUUGCACUUUUUCUGACGCGCUAAUAUAAUAUCCACUAGAGUAGAUUAGAAUGCCUGCUCACCACGGGAAUGAAUCAAUAUCACAGACUAAACAGAGUGCUGUUUCGCCAACCGGCAUACAGGUGUCGUCCGCGAUGAAGAGCAAAGUGUUUGCGUGCGGUUUUCUAUUGAUUAAACUGGAAUAAUCGGCAUAAUGAUAUGCCUUACUAACAGGA